GACCAGGAAGCGGCGGCUGGGAGAGGGUCUCGCGGAGGGGGAGGGGUGCAGCCUAGUCGUCCCUGCCGUCCGCCCCGUGCCUGAGGACAAAAGCCGGUUUUUCUUACUGUGGGUUCGUUAUCAUCAUGGGAGAGAUUAAAAUCUCUCCGGACUAUAACUGGUUCAGAAGUACAGUUCCUCUUAAAAAGAUUAUAGUAGAUGACGAUGACAGUAAAGUUUGGUCACUCUAUGAUGCAGGACCCCGGAAUAUCCGGUGCCCUCUUAUAUUUCUCCCACCCGUCAGCGGAACUGCAGAUGUGUUCUUUCAGCAGAUCUUAGCCUUAUCUGGAUGGGGCUACAGAGUCAUUGCUUUGCAGUAUCCAGUUUACUGGGAAAUUUUUGAGUUCUGCGAUGGAUUCAGAAAACUGUUAGACCAUCUUCAGCUGGAUAAAGUUCACCUCUUUGGUGCAUCUUUGGGGGGCUUCCUUGCUCAGAAAUUUGCCGAAUACACCCACAAAUCUCCCAGGGUCCAGUCCCUGAUUCUGUGCAACUCUUUCAGUGAUACCUCAAUUUUCAACCAGACCUGGACAGCAAACAGCUUUUGGCUACUGCCUGCUUUUAUGCUGAAGAAAAUAGUUCUUGGUAACUUCGCGUCUGGCCCUGUCGACCCUGAAAUGGCUGAUGGAAUUGAUUUCAUGGUUGAUAGGCUGGAAACCCUGGGCCAAAGUGAGCUUGCUUCAAGACUUACUCUCAAUUGCCAGAAUUCCUACGUGGAACCUCAUAAAAUCAGAGACAUUCCUGUCACUAUCAUGGAUGUAUUUGACCAGAGUGCUCUUUCCACUGAAGCAAAGGAAGAGAUGUAUAAGCUGUAUCCCAAUGCCAGGAGAGCCCACCUCAAGACGGGGGGCAACUUCCCUUAUCUCUGCAGAAGCGCUGAAGUAAAUCUCUAUAUCCAAGUACAUUUACUUCAGUUCCACGGAACCCGAUACGCUGCAAUUGACCCGUCCAUGGUCAGUGCGGAAGAACUUGAAGUCCAGAAAGCCAAGCUCCAAGCUAGCAGUGAGCAAGAAAAGCAGCCAUUGUAGUUCCUGGACUUGCGGAAUCGCUUCAUUCAGAGGGUUGUACUUUUCCUUUGUUUCUUGCAGUCUUCCUUUACAAUUGCAUCUUUCAAGUCUCUUGUUUUCCUUACAACUAAACCGGUUAGAACUGUGUCCUUAAACUAAGCUGGACCAAUUUCAUUAAAUGAAAUACACCCAUGGACACUUGGGUCGCAUCACUAUUCACGAGCUAAAUUCAGAUGAUCAAAGCGAAGGAUGCAACUUUAGAAGACUCAUUUAAAAACAACAACUAUCUAAGACAAACUUUUGCUACCAAAGCCUUCACACUAUUGUGUUCUUAAAGAAUAUAAUCUUUUUUAAUAUAAAUAUAUAUAUCUCCAUGCAGAGAGGGGUGUUUGUGUAUCAUGAGCAAAUUAUGGAUGUCUGAAAGUUCAUUUAUAAUUUGAUUAUUUAGUUUAAAAAACUAUGUUGAAGUGCCAAUGUUGCUGUUACUUUUCUUUAUAUACUGUUGCCAGUUAGUGACUUCAUUUGAGAUCAAAGCAUACUUUUUUUGUUUUGUUUUGGUAAAAUUGCAUUGCUAUCUACAUUUUUUGAAUAAAAUUUCAGUUGAAAAAGGUA